UGCCGUCGGGACUGGCCAGGCCGCGGAGUCGAACCGGCGCUGCGUGUGAGGCUGGCGGCUAGGAAACCGCCCUUCCGCUCGGUCCGCAAGUUCUGAGCCGGCUCUGUUCCUCCCUCGGUCAUCCCGGGAAGGGCCCUACCAAGCCCGGGGGCCUGGCUCUGCUGCUCUAACCGACCCCCACUCCGGAGGGGCUGGGAAUGGAGCCUGCGCCCGCCUAGCAGGCCCCGCGUCCUAUCUGCUUGGCCCACGCUCGUGUCUCCAAAGGUCCGCGCCUUGGGUGCGCGCUGUUGCCCUCCGAGGGCCCGCUCCUUUGGCCCAGGGCGCCGGACCUCAGGUCACAGUGCCGCCAAGAUGCUGCAGGGCCCUUGCUACAUGCUCCUGCUCUGGGGGCUCCUGGGAGCAGCCGGCGCCCAGCAGCAAGAGGUCAUCUCGCCUGGCCUCUCCGAGAGAAACAGCAACUGCCCAGAGAAGACCGACUGCCCCAUCUAUGUGUACUUCGUGCUGGACACCUCGGAGAGUGUGACCAUGCAGUCACCCAUCGAUAUCCUGCUGUACCACAUGCAGCAGUUUGUGCCUCAGUUCAUUAGUCAGCUGCAGGACGAGUUCUACCUGGACCAGGUGCGGCUGAGCUGGCGCUACGGGGGCCUGCACUUCUCGGACCAGGUGGAGGUUUUCAGCCCACCAGGCAGCGACCGAGCCUCCUUCACCAAGAGUCUACAGGGCAUCCGCUCUUUCCGCCGUGGCACCUUCACCGACUGUGCUCUGGCCAACAUGACAAGUGAGAUCCGGCAGCAUGUGAGCAAGGAUGUGGUCAAUUUCGCAGUGGUCAUCACUGACGGCCAUGUCACCGGCAGCCCCUGUGGCGGCAUCAAGAUGCAGGCUGAGAGGGCCCGCGAGGAGGGCAUCCGGCUCUUUGCUGUGGCCCCCAAUGUUAACCUGAAUGAGCAGGGCCUACGGGACAUCGCCAGUACGCCACACGAGCUGUACCGCAGCAACUACGCCACCAUGCAACCCAACUCCGAGAUUGACCAGGACACCAUCAACCGCAUCAUCAAGGUCAUGAAACAUGAAGCCUAUGGAGAGUGUUAUAAGGUGAGCUGCCUGGAGAUCCCUGGGCCCCCCGGCCCCAAGGGCUACCGUGGACAGAAGGGUGCCAAGGGCAACAUGGGAGAACCAGGAGAGCCUGGGCAGAAGGGACGACAGGGAGAUCCAGGCAUUGAAGGCCCCAUUGGAUUCCCAGGACCCAAGGGUGUCCCCGGCCUCAAAGGAGAGAAGGGUGAAUUUGGGGCCGACGGACGGAAGGGAGCCUCUGGCUUCGCCGGCAAGAAUGGGACUGAUGGACAGAAGGGCAAGCUGGGGCGCAUCGGACCCCCAGGCUGCAAGGGAGACCCUGGGAGCCGGGGUCCUGACGGCUACCCAGGGGAUGCAGGGAACCCGGGUGAGCGUGGAGACCAAGGAGCUAAGGGGGAUGCCGGCCGCCCAGGACGCAGAGGGCCCCCAGGAGAAAGCGGGGCCAAAGGGAGCAAGGGAUAUCAAGGCAACAACGGAUCCCCUGGGAGCCCAGGUGUAAAAGGAGCCAAGGGUGGACCUGGGCCCCGUGGACCUAAAGGCGAGCCGGGACGGAGAGGAGAUCCUGGUACCAAGGGCAGCCCAGGCAGCAGUGGUCCCAAAGGAGAGAAGGGUGACCCUGGCCUCGAGGGGCCCCGUGGCCUGGCUGGAGAAGUGGGCAGCAAAGGAGCCAAGGGAGACCGAGGCUUACCUGGACCUAGAGGCCCCCAGGGGGCUCCUGGAGAGCCUGGAAAGCAGGGAUCUCGGGGAGACCCUGGUGAUGCUGGGCCCCGUGGAGACUCGGGACAACCAGGUCCUAAGGGUGACCCUGGCAGGCCAGGAUUCAGCUACCCAGGCCCCCGUGGAGCUCCUGGAGAGAAAGGCGAGCCUGGACCUCGGGGUCCUGAGGGAGGCCGAGGUGACUUUGGCAUAAAAGGAGGGCCUGGGAGGAAAGGAGAGAAGGGAGAACCGGCAGAUCCUGGUCCCCCUGGUGAGCCAGGCCUUCGGGGGCCCAGAGGAGUCCCAGGACCGGAGGGUGAGCCUGGCCCUCCCGGAGACCCUGGCCUCACGGAAUGUGAUGUCAUGACCUACGUGAGAGAGACUUGCGGGUGCUGUGACUGCGAGAAGCGCUGUGGUGCCCUGGACGUGGUUUUCGUCAUUGACAGCUCUGAGAGCAUAGGCUACACCAACUUCACCCUGGAGAAGAACUUCGUCAUCAACGUGGUCAGCAGGCUGGGUGCCAUCGCCAAGGACCCGAAGUCAGAGACAGGGACACGUGUGGGCGUGGUGCAGUACAGCCAUGAGGGCACCUUCGAGGCCAUUCAGCUGGACGAUAAGCGCAUCGACUCCCUGUCCAGCUUCAAGGAGGCCGUCAAGAACCUUGAGUGGAUUGCAGGCGGCACCUGGACACCAUCUGCCCUCAAGUUCGCCUACAACCAGCUCAUCAAGGAGAGCCGACGCAAGAAGACCCGUGUGUUUGCAGUGGUCAUCACCGACGGGCGCCAUGACCCACGUGAUGAUGACCUCAACCUACGGGCACUGUGCGACCCCGAUGUGACAGUGACAGCCAUCGGCAUUGGUGACAUGUUCCACGAGAAGCAUGAGAACGAGAACCUCAAGUCCAUCGCCUGCGACAAGCAGCAGCAGGUGCGCAACAUGACGCUCUUCUCUGACCUGGUGGCCGAGAAGUUCAUCGACGACAUGGAGGAUGUGCUCUGCCCGGACCCUCAGAUUGUGUGCCCAGACCUUCCCUGCCAAACAGAGCUAUACGUGGCCCAGUGCACGCAGCGGCCUGUGGACAUCGUCUUCCUGCUGGAUGGCUCGGAGAGGCUGGGCGAACAGAACUUCCUCAAGGCACGGCACUUCGUGGAGGAGGUGUCACGGCGACUAACACUGGCACGCACGGAUGACGACCCACUCAAUGCCCGCGUGGCACUGCUGCAGUUCGGUGGUCUGGGCGAGCAGCAGGUGGCCUUCCCGCUGACCUACAACCUGACAGUCAUCCAUGAGGCACUGGAGGGCGCACGCUACCUCAACUCAUUCUCGCACGUGGGUGCAGGUGUCGUACAUGCCAUCAACACCAUCGUGCGUGGUGCUCGGGCUGGGGCGCGCCGCCAUGCCGAGCUGUCUUUCGUGUUCCUAACGGAUGGCGUCACAGGCAAUGAUAGCCUGGAGGAGUCGGUGCACUCCAUGCGCAAACAGAACGUGGUGCCCACCGUGGUGGCCGUGGGCGGAGAUGUGGACAUGGAUAUGCUGACCACACUCAGCCUUGGCGACAGGGCCGCUGUGUUCCGUGAGAAGGACUAUGACAGCCUGGUGCAGCCUAGCUUCUUUGACAGGUUCAUCCGCUGGAUCUGUUAAGCCACCACUGUGCCCUGUGGUGCAGGCAAAGCCUGGCGCCCUCCGACCUGGUGCUACUCCAACCCCAGCCCAGCUGGCCACCGGGAACUCAGGGCCUCCUGCGGGGCAUCCUACAUGUGUUGUGGGUCUCAAGCCCAGGGAGGUCCCCAGGGGGAAGGCCUACUCCAAGGCCUCUGCACCUCCCUUCCUCGGAUCCUGCAACGUGUGGCAGCCCUGGGGCCCCUCCUUCCCUCAGCCCUCCCCCACCCAGAGGCUUCCUGGAACCAGGCCCUGUCAGUCCCUACGCCCUCAACUGGCUACCCACUUUCUUGGCGUCUCAGCCUACCCUGGCUCCUGCCUCACCCCAUGCCCAGUGCCCACUCUGCGGCCCUUUUCUAAAGCUUUCUGCCAGUUCAGUGCCCACCUGGGCUCCUAAGAGCAGCACCACCUCCCCCAGCCUCUGUGACACACACCCCAUGGUCCAAUAAAGGAUUCGAACCACC